AUGAGUACAGGAUCAUUCAUCAAUGCUAUGAGGAGAUUUUAUGCUAUUCGUGGUGAAGUCAAAGAAUUUAGAUCCGAUCGAGGUACCAAUUUUAUUGGCGCUGCCGACGCCCUACACAUGAAGGUCAUCAAUGUAGAGGACUCAGAAACGAUCUCAAUCUUGGAGGACCAUAGAACUGUGUGGAAAUUCAAUCCCCCUCAUGCGUCCCAUAUGGGUGGGGUAUGGGAGCGGCUUAUCGGAGUUGCGAGACGCAUUCUGGAUAACAUGCUCAGAAACCCAGCCAAUCAGAACCUUACUCAUGAAGUUUUGUCUACCUUAAUGGCAGAAGUCAGCGCAAUAAUCAACGCGAGGCCUAUCGUAUCAGUUUCCACUGACCCAAACUCACCGUUUAUUCUUACACCAUCAGUUCUGUUAACACAGAAGACUGGGACCAUGACACAGCAUCCUGUGGAGUUGGAUACUAAGGAGAUGUAUCGCUCACAAUGGAAAUACGUCCAGAUCCUGGCGAACACCUUUUGGAAACGUUGGAAAUCUGAUUACUUGUCAACUUUGCAGUCGAGACAGAAGUGGGAGUCCGUGAAUGAGAACUUGAAAGUCGGUGACAUCAUUCUCUUGCACGACCGAGAUGUACCUCGUAAUCAGUGGCCAUUAGGAGUGGUAUUGCGUGUGUUCCCUAGCGACGAUGGUUUGGUCCGAAAGGUGGAAGUACAGGUUGUUCGAGGAGAUGCAACGAUUGUAUAUGUUCGCCCUGUGUGUGAAAUUGUGAAACUCUUGUCUGUGUAA